GUCUCGAUACAAUAAAAAAAAACCGCAAUUAAAAAUAAGUGGACUUUUUCAAACAAUAAUUUCGGGCAACCUCUAAACAAUAAAAAAUUUUGUUUAAAAAUAAUAUUUUAUUUCCGGUAACAUAUUAUUUUAUUUAUUUAAAAGUUAAAUUUUUUCUAAGGGCAAAUUUUUUAUAACAAAUAUUAAUCGGGUCCUUUUGUAAAAGAAGGACAUUCUUCUUAUCAAAGUCGGGAAACUGAAUUACUUACAAAUUAGUUUUUGGCACUCAAGUCGAAAUUCAUCUAGUUUCUUUUUUUGUUAGUUUGUUUAGUUUCGAAAUUCUUUUGCACAACUUGAUAGGUGUCGAAAUGUAUUAGCCCACGUGCAUGGUAUUGUUGUUGCUGCGAUAUAAAGUGCUAAAGGAUAUUUAGAUACUUGUUGCGUGUUUCUAAACAAUACAAACAAAAAUCAGAGUUUGGUGUCAAUUUAUUGGUAGCGCGCCGGACAAGCUACUGAUUUUAAGAUAAGAAUUGUAUGACUAUAAAAAAGAAAAGAAUCAUCAUAACAGUGUGGUAACGAAGUGAUACGAAUAUUUUAUUUUGAAUUUCAAUUUAAGUUUUUUGAAAAAAACGAAAAAUAUUUUUGAAGUGCGUUUCAACAACAAUAAACAAUGAUAUGAUAGUAAUUCAAUUGUGGAAAAUGGUUGACAUUUGAAUAAUAAUCGGACACAAGGACCGAGGAGAGUGCCAAGAAUCCGGUGAUAUCACUUCCGGCGGUAUUUUAUUUCAGACAACACACUGGACUGGAAAACCUGAAUUCGACAACAAAACACAACACAGCACAACAUCCAAAAAAGAACAAAAAGAGAAAAUUUUGAAAUCCAAAAGAGAGUUGCGCAGAGAGGAUUUUUUCUCUUCCCGCUACGCAGCAUCCAAGACACAAAAAAGUAUCUGCAACAUUUACAGUUUCUAGCAACAUUGAAUCUAUCUAUAUCGUUGACUUUGGUCCAUUGGAGCUGGAUUCGUUGCCAAAAUUUUAGUUUAGUUUAGACGGUCGGCUCGAAUGCAAGUCAGGACAUCAUUUGUUGCAUUGGAUCAGCGGACUUCUUUGACAGUGGAGCCGACUUGCCCAAAAAGAAAAAAAUGCGAUAUGGAUCGAGAACGAGAAAGAGACGUGAAAUCCAUCGAACCCCGAGAUCUUUCAUCCACCGGAAGAAUAUUUGCCAGGAAUGAUAUAAAAAUCAGUGCAUCACCAACAGUCUCACCGACGAUCUCAAAUUCAUCAUCACCAACACCAACCCCACCGGCCAGUUCAUCAGUACCACCAGUUGGCGGAGGUGUCGGCGGUGGUGGUAGUGGUGGUGGAGGAAGUAGUAGUACCUCUUCAGGAGCUACCUCUUAUCUGCACACAAAUCAUAAGCCUAUCACUGGAAUUCCAUGUGUUGCCGCAGCAUCACGUUACACAGCGCCAGUUCAUAUUGACGUAGGUGGAACCAUUUACACCAGUUCUCUAGAAACUCUAACCAAAUAUCCAGACUCGAAGCUGGCCCGACUGUUCAAUGGGUCCAUACCAAUUGUCUUGGAUUCAUUGAAACAGCACUACUUUAUCGACCGAGAUGGUGGAAUGUUCAGACAUGUUCUGAAUUUCAUGAGGAAUUCAAGACUUUUAAUAGCCGAUGACUUUCCGGACUUGGAGCUUCUACUCGAAGAGGCGAAAUACUUUGAAAUUGAACCAAUGAUAAAACAACUCGAGACCAUGAGGAAAGACCGUGUCCGAAAUGGCAACUAUCUGAUAUCACCUCCACCGCCAGCCAGGAUAAAAUCAUCGCCCCGCAUCGGUUCGACAGAAUACAACUUUGAAGUUGUUGCCCUGCAUAUUUCUCCAGACCUUGGCGAACGGAUAAUGCUAUCAGCUGAACGGUCUCUCCUAGACGAGGUCUUUCCCGAAGUCAAUCAAGGCACUCAGACUAGCCGGACUGGAGUGUCCUGGAAUCAGGGCGAUUGGCGCCAAAUUAUCCGCUUCCCACUCAACGGUUAUUGCAAACUGAAUUCCGUACAGGUGCUAACACGAUUGCUGAACGCUGGCUUUUCCAUCGAAGCCAGUACUGGCGGUGGAGUUGAGGGGCAGCAAUUUUCCGAGUAUCUUUUGGUGCGGCGGAUUCCUAUGUGAUAGUGCCUCUGUGCGGGGUGUUUUGAGGUACGUUAGGAUGCAGCUUUAAGCUGGUUGACUUUAGCCUCUUUUUAAAAAAUUAAAGAAAUUUUUUUUGUUUUAAGUUUAUAAUUCACACUCACUUUCGAAUUGAGGUUAGAUUAUAUUUUAUUUUUGUUGUUUUUUUUUUUUUAGUGUCCUGUGGAAAGAUUGUUUUUUAUGUUUCAUGACUAAAAGUAUGAUAAGUAG